UGACGUAUCUCAUAGUUCGUGGUACAAUUGGUGGGAAAACCCGAAUUGCAAACGGUUCAUGCAGACAUGCUACAGGUGCAACUGGAUGCACUUGAAGUGAGUGAAAACGCUAGAAAUACCGGUGUAAUAGUGAUAAGUUUCCGGAAAAGUGACCAUGCACAAUAUCGAUGACAGUGCUGCAUGAAUAAUCAUUUUUAGUGAGUGACCUCGCAGAUUCCACUUUAAGUAUCACAAUUAUAGUGUGCGCCAGAGUUUGUACGCGCUGUGACGAGUAAACCAAAGCAUUUAAUUCGAUGUUAUGUAAUGAUUGUUAUCUUACCUUGUAGAACACCAGUAUUGUGACUAAGCUUUCCUUAUCAAAAAUCACUAUCACAGAUAACAAAAACUUUUUUAUAAAUACUUCAGAAUCGUCUACCUGGAUUUAGUUUUUUAUUAAUAGUGACAAAAUGAAGAUCUUUGCACUUUUGUCACUAGUCGUGGUAUUCCAGAGUUCAAAAUGUGCCAAAAUUUUGGGCGUGUUUCCGUUGACGGCCCGCAGCCACUACAUCCUGGGUAGUUCUUUGAUGAAAGGUCUGGCGGAACAUGGGCACGACGUAACCAUAAUCACACCUUUCAUUGAGAAAAAUCUGCCCAAAAAAGGUACUUACAAGCAAAUAGAACUCACCGGAUUUCGAGAAGAACAUGAAAAGCGUGGCAAAGAAAUGAACAUGUUCGAAAUGGGAAAUACAAACGUCUUCCUCAUGGUACCGUUUAUCCUUAACAUGAUUACUGAAAUGACAGAAAUGACGUUGAACCACACCAACGUGCAAAAUUUGUUGAAAUCGGACGAAAAGUUUGACGUGGUGAUCGUAGAGCAGUUUAUGAACGACGCCCACAAGGGUUUCGCUCCACAUUUCAACGCUCCUUUGAUUCUGUUAAGUACGAUUGGAGCCAACACUUGGGUUAACAUGUUGGUGGCCAACCCAUCACCGACGUCCUACAUCCCAGAUGUCUUUCUAAGUUAUUCUAGUCAGAUGACGUUCUGUGAAAGAUUGACCAACACUGCUUUCAACAUUUUUAGUACCCUUGUAUAUCAUCUGGGCUCUUUUCCAAUUCAGGCCAAAUUCUACAAUAAGUAUUUUCCUAAAAGUCCACCUUUUUACGACACUCUCUACAACGCGUCUAUAGUUUUACUCAACUCUCAUUCGAGUAUUAAUCAACCCGUACCGUACGUACCCAACAUGAUUGACAUUGGCGGGUUUCACGUUCAACCCACUAAGAAGCUCCCAGACGAUUUGCAAAAGUUUCUAGACGAUUCCAAAGAAGGCGUCGUUUAUUUCAGUAUGGGUUCAAAUUUGCAAAGCUCGCAACUACCCCAAGAAAAACGUGACGCGUUUUUGAGCACGUUUGCGAAGAUGAAGAUGAAGAUUUUGUGGAAAUGGGAAGAGGAUGUUCUUCCUGGUCAGCCGAAGAAUGUGAAGUUGGGGAAGUGGUUGCCGCAACAAGAGAUUCUAGCACAUCCUAAUGUCAAACUUUUUAUCACCCAUGGUGGUCUGCUAAGUACCACGGAAACCAUUUACCAUGGCGUUCCCGUCCUAGCGAUACCCAUCGCAGCUGAUCAGAAACUGAACGCCCAACGCAUAGUCAACGAAGGUUUUGGUCUCUACCAAGCAUACAACGAAAUUACGGAAAAAACUUUAACAUAGAAGUUAGAUGAACUUCUAAACAACCCUAAGUACACUCAGAACGCCAAAAAACGGUCAGAACUCUUCCAUGAUCGACUCGUCGGACCCAUGGAAACCGCCGUUUACUGGGUGGAGUACGUAAUUCGUCACGGAGGUGCCCCUCAUUUAAAAGUAGCCGGAGUGGACUUACCGUGGUACAAAUACUUCCUACUAGACGUCGGGGCCUUCAUCUUGAUAGUACUAGUAUUUAGUUCGUACGUAUUUUGCAAAAUUACCAAAAAAAUAUUUUCGUUGUGUACGAAAUCAAAGAAGAAGGUGAAACGCUCGUGAACCAUUUUUUGUGAUAUUGAAAGAUUUUUUGUAAUUUGACUAUAUUUUGAAUAAAAGGUGUUAAUGCAAAA